AUGGGCAUUCUCCUGAGCCUGGGUGCACAGGGGGCCUGCUGGCCGUUCACCGCCAAAGGCUUGGAGAACGCCCUGCAAGGCUCGGGCUUACAGGGCACCUGCUUCGGUUUUGAUGCUGGCAAUCCCAAUCCAUGGCAUCCCGCCAAGGAUGCAGAGAAUACGAUGUGCCACUGGUUUGCAGGGCACACUGCCUCACAAUCGCCUAGAUGCCCGCACAAACCGUCCACUCCGGCGCAACUUCUGGCGCAGUCCAAAGUGACGCGCAGGCUGUGCCCCUGCGUUGCUGUGAAUGCGUCUUCCUCAUCCGGGUUCAACUGUGGUCUUGGUGACCAGCCAGUGGAUCCUGUGGUGCCUGUGGUGACUGACCCACAGGCGCUAACAACCUCCACCACAGUGCUGAACUCGGAAGCAGAGGAUGCAGGUGAUGAAAAUCCACCUCUCGCCGUGCCAGAGGUUCUACAGCCGCCUAUGGUGAUCUGCCAGGAGCUUUGCGUCUCCGGCUUUGGUGCAGAAGAUGAGAAGCUCAAUGGCAAGUACGUUCGCUGGGUUGCCCAACGAAGUUCGGAGACCAUGCCUUUGAAGGCCAUGAGCCAAGAGGAGUUGCAGCAGAGCGAGGAGCCUUCGCAGUAUCCAGCGACUUCCCGGCUGUUCACGCACAUGUCCAAGGCUUUGUCCAUUGCUGCUGUUUGCGGCGUCAUACUGGUGAUUGCUUGCGUCUUCCGAGUGGACAAGGUGCCACGCAGCCAAGCCUCCGAGAGUAUGGAGAAGUGGGAUCAAAAGGAUGCCAGUGGCCAGUGCGGCCUCAUGGAGAAAAACAUGGACUAUGUUGAAUAUUCUGGCUGGGGGAAAAAUCUGGACCACAUCCCAGACCCUGACAUGUGCUGUGCGUUCUGCCAGGCAGAGCCCAAAUGCAAAUCCUUUGCGUGGGUCGAGGAUGCAGGUUUGGACGGAUGUCCCAGUCAAUGCUGGUUGAAAGGUGGCGAACCUUCAGAUAAGAAACCAAAGGAUGGAGUUAUCUCUGGACUUCCACCUCCACGACAAGCCUUCCACAUCGCUCCCCAAGAAGCUUCUCCGGAUCAGUUUCCUGUGCGGCGCGCUGGGAUGUUCUGCUUCUCCCUGAUGUUGCCCUUCGGCUACGAAGUUGAGCUUUUGGCCUGGCAAUAUGCACACCAGGUGAGUAUCUUCGAUUGUGAAAAAUUUGCUGUCUACACCAACAGGUCUAUGGAAGUUGGAAGUGGAACAGGACUCUUCACCCAUGUGGUGGACAGCGACCUUCACUGCCAGGUGGGUGGCGAUUCGCAAUCCGCACUGAACAGCUGGAUCUUCAUCGCAGUCUGGAAGAAGGUCCUGUCAGAUGGAUAUUGGAGGGAAUAUCCCUGGACUGUGAAGGUGGACCCUGAUGCUGUGUUCCUGCCUUUGCGCGCUCGGCCUAUUUUGAUGCAGUAUUAUGGCGAGCCAUACAUCAACAAUUGUCAUUAUGGAAUGCAUGGCCCCGUGGAGUUCUUUGGGCAACCCGCCAUGGCAGCGCUGAACGGUGAAUAUGAAGCCAGCUACGAUGGCAAGGCGCCCAAAGCCUGCGUGGAGGAGUUGCACUUCGGUCUCUGGGGAGAGGACAUGUUCAUGGAUCAGUGCUUGCGCAAAGUCCUGCAAGUCACCAAUGGUGCGAAGCACAUUGUGACUGCCCAGAGUGGAUUUGGUGCAGCGGCGACCAAGUGUCCUUUCAUCCCUUCAAGUCCAUUGACAGUUACAAAAACUGUAUGGCCAAUGUGUUUGCAACAGGCAACAUCAGGAAGAAGUGACAAAGUUUGCAGUUGCACUCCUAUCAGGACCAUCAUAGCCACGGCGAUGAGCCGACCCAAAAAACCGGCAACACGUUACGUGUUGCCGCAAGAGCGCCGUCCCGAAAGGGGCCCGGCGCAAUUCAUGGACCAACCAAAACUGCUGGAGAUGUGCCUCAGCGGCUCGGACGGAUCCCUGAGAUUUUGGCUAAAACUCGGAGGAUUGCCCACGGGUGCAGAUUGCCGCUUGGUGCGUGGUGCACUGGACGGUGUUUGGCGCUACUAUGAAGUAACCUCCAAGGGCAACACUUCCAUUGGCGAAGGCACCUUGCGAACACCACUGGAUGAUAUUCCCAAGGACGACUAUGUACUGACCCCCACUGGUGGAUUUCAGGUGGAAUAUCAGUGCUGUCCUCAACAGUUGGCGACUGAGAGCCCUCAGCUGGCUGUGGAUGUGGAUCCACAAAAGCAGGAGGAGAGUACCAACACAGCGAUGAUUGCUGUGGCCCUCAGCGGAGCCGUGGUGUUGUUCAUCUCAAUCGUUGUGAUCUGUGUGAUCCAGCGGUGGAAACCAGGAAUUCUCCGCUCACGAAAAUAUGAGGCUUUUCCAGAGAAGAUGACCACUCCACAACAGCAACAUGUGGAGAAGAUGAAACCAAGCCCAGGCAAGGUGAUGUUGGGCAACAGGGCCAGCGAGAUAACAUCGUCGAAGGCGGCAACGUGGAAUAGCUCCUGGAGUGCCAAAGCUUCCGCUGGAGAGGCCCAGCAAUCAGCUGUCGCUGGUGCGACACUCCUUCCUUCAGCCAAGAAUGCUGACAGGAGAGCUGUGGCAGUGGCAGACGUCCUAGGCAAAGCUUCCACCUUGGCUGACGACGGGAUCUACGAGGGUCCAACCAGGCAAUGGUGGGGUGGAUCGAGCAGCAGCGGUCGUGGCACAGGCUUUCAACCAGGUGCCCGUGUGCGACUUCAAGGUCUGACUGCUUCCAGCUGGAAUGGUGCUGAAGGAAUCAUUGAAGGUUGGGACGCCCAGAACGGCGCUUUUGAAGUGAAGGUGAACGGUACGCUUAAGCUGGUGAAACCCGAAAACCUCAUUGCCAGUCCUGCUGCUGGCCGUACUGGUGAGGGCGACCUGACACCGGCUCAAUUGAGGAUGCAGCUGAACGCAGCGCAGGUGAAUUUGGCAGGCCAGCCCCAAACAUCCAGUCCUUCUGCGCCGCGAGUGGAAGUUGGCCGGCAGCGUCAGAGAGGGACGCAGCCUGGCUUUGGCGACACCUCACAGAUUCACAAGGCGGUUGCAAGGCGAGCGGGCGAGAAAUGGGACGAGAGACAACUUCCCGGCCCAUCGAUCGCUGCCGGCUCGGGUGACCACCUUCGGAGUGCUGGCAACUGGCGAAGCCAUGCGCCAGCUCCACCUCCCAGGUGA